CAGCUACUUGUUCUAAACUCUGCCUGAGAUUUGUGAGCUUCCUGGGCCGGGGCAUGAAGUGCGUGUCAUGGAAACUGGCCCGAAGAAUUGGUCCCCCUGAAGUGUCCUUUGACCUUAUGCUAUACGCUUUUGAACAUUUCGCAAGCAAUCGGCCACGUGUAUUGAGCCUAAACCCCUAGAACGUGGAGAGACAGCCGUGAACAGAGCCGGCCCAGGCUAACCUAAUGAGAGAUACAUAGUUGCCCCAUGAACGCUUGCAACAUAGGCCUUUGAAAGGAAAUAUGGAAGCGUGGGGCGGCGAGCGAACGUUCAGGGACAUCUCUAACCUGCAGCGCGAUGCCGGCGAGCACGGAGGCAAAGGCCAGGCAGCCUCGUCGAACGUCCGCGUGUUCGAGGAUGUGAUUGCCGCGGGAGGCGUGCUGGGGUGGCGACAACCUGAGGACGGCAUUGCGGGGCCCCUGGAGGUUUCGGACCCUCGGAAGCUUCGGCGGUACCUGGAGAACCGCCUACUCAGGAACGCGGGCCUGCGGCAGCGCUGGCUGGAGGGGCUGCAGGAGGCGUGUGAGGACCUGGAGCCACUGCACAGAGCGCUGUUGCCCAUGGUGCUGGCCUCGGCGCCGUCACUGGCCGUGGUGGCCGUGGCGGGCGGCGCCGGCGGCAGUGGAGGCGGCGGCAGUGGCGCGGUGCUGCCGGGCAGCUGCGGCGACUCCCUCAUCCGCUGCGUGCUGGGCGUGGCGUGCCUGCAGGCGCCCGUAGCCACGUGGCUGCUGCAGCGGCUGCCCGCACUGGCGAUCACGUGCGGCGAUGGCGACGACGACGGCGGCGGAGGCGGCGGAGGCGGCAGCAACAACGCGGGGCCUGGAGCCGGCAUCCCCGGCCUCAUCCUCAGCCAGCUGCGCUGGUUGGACGUGGCCCCGGACGUGGCGGUCACCGAGGAGGAGGGCUCGCCGCUGGUGUCGGUGGUUCUGGAGGUGCUGCCCUCCACGCCGCCGGCGCUGCAGCGGCAGCUCAUCGGCCUGUUGCCCGAGGUGGCGGCGGUGGAGGACCACCCGCGCAUCGUGGAGAAGCUGUGCGAGCUGCUGGACGCCGAGCUGGGCUUCGUGGCGCCCGCGCUGGAGGCCCUGCAGCAGCUGCAGCUGGGGCCGGACCUGCAGGACAAGGUGGUGUUGGACAUGUGUGAGCGGCUGCCGGGCGUGGAGGCGGACGACCUGCCCGCGCUGGUGCGCUUCGUGCUGCAGCACUGCAGCGGACCCGCAGGAGCAGGAGCAGCAGCAGGAGGAGGAGGCCGGGGCAGGGGCCGGCCGGCCGCCGGCGCCGCCGGCGCCGGCGCCGCCUCCGGCGGCGGCGGCAGCGUGGGCGCCUACGGCGGCACCUCUGCAGAGGGCGGGGCGGUCGGGGCGGUCGGAGGGGGAGGUGGGGGUGGCGGCGAGGCGACGGCGGCGCGGGUGGUGGCGGCGCUGCGGCGGGGGCUGCCGCUGGCGGACCUGAGCGACCCGCGUGUGGCGGUGGCGGUGGUGGACCCCAGGGGCAAGCGCGGCGGCGGCAGGAGCGCCCGGGAGCCCGUGGAGGUGCGGCUGCUUCGCGAGGUGGCGGUGGCGCUGGCAGCCAACGAGGCGGCGGCCGCGGCGGCGCUGAGGGCAAUUGCCGCCGCCGGCCGCCUGCGCUCCCAGACUGGAAGUGGCGGCUCCUCCGCGCCGCUACCCGAGGAUAACGACGACGACGAAAACGAAAACGAAAACGGCAUGGAAAACGACAUUGCCGCCUUCGAAGAUGGCGAUGAGGCGAUUGAGAACAACCGCUUUGACGGCCGCAGGCUCGGCGGCGGCGGCCGCGGCCGCGUCAGGGCGGCUGGCGGCGGCGGCGGCGCGGCGGCGGCGCUGGCGGGCGGGCCGCCGCAGCUGGUGGCGCUAGACCUGUGGGUGUUGCUGCUGCUUCUGGGCGGGCGGCGCGGCAAGGAGGCGGACAAGGUGCUCCGCGCCAAAAUCGACGACGGCUCCGCCUCCCUGGCCUGGCUCAGCGGCUCGCUGCUGGGGCACUGCGCCGCGCUGAGGGAGGUGUGGCCGGCGGCGGCGGGCCUGGCGACGGCGCUGGCGGCGGCGCGGGCCGGCACGCCGGCGGCGGCGGCGGCGGCGCGGCUGUACGCGGUGCUGUUUGCGGCCAUGGGCGGCGGCGACGACGGCGGCCUGCACCGCAUGGAGGUGCUCCAGGCGCUGCACACGCACCUGGGCAGUGGUGUGGGCGAGGAGGUGGACACGGCGCUGGCGGCCCUGCAGCAGCUGGCAGAGGGCCCGCUGGCGCGCCCCAGCCCUGCAGCCGCCGGCUACCACCCCUCCCGCCACCCCUACCACGGCGCCGGCGCCACCGGUGUUGGCGCCGCCGCCGACGGCGGCCCGCCUCCGCCUGUUCUGGCCGCCUACGGCUCGGCUCUGAGCGGCUGCCUGGACCACCUGGACGGCUUCAGCGGGCGGCAGCUGGCGGCGCUGUUCGACGUGCUGGCGGCGGUGACCGGCGGCGCCGAGGGCGUGGCGUGGCGUGCCGGCGUGGAGGCUCUGGCCCACCCGCACUCGCAGGCCCUCUCCGGCAGCGCCGCCAGCGGCGCCGGCGGCGCCGCCGGAGCCAGCCAGCUGUCACUGGCGGCGGCGACACCACGACACCGCCGCGUGCGCAUCGCGGGCGGCGCCGGAGGGCGGCUGGAAUCCGAGAUCCAGAUCGUGGUGGAGAAGAAUCUCAAGGGCGCGGUGCAGUACAAGCGCAUCGGCAUCGCCGGCGCGCUGGCGUUACUGCGGCGCGUGGGCAACGCAAUGAUCCUGAUGUACGGUUCGUAUGCGGGUAACGGUAACGGUAACGGUUGCGGCGGCGGCGGCGCCGCCGCCGCCAGUGGCAGCCUGACCACGGGCGCGUCCGCCGCCAGUGCCAUGUUCUGCGAAGAGGAGGUCCCCGCCACCGGCGGCUUCGCGCUGCUGCUGGACGAAUGGCGCGGCCGCAUCGACGACCUGCUAACCGCCACCAACGGCCACGCCGCCGGCCGCGCCGCCGUCAUGGCCGAGCUAGCCGCCAUGCUACUGCGCCGCCAGCCGACCGCCGCCGCCGAGACGGCGGCUACAGCCGCCACUGCCACCGGUGGUGGUGGCAGUAGCGGGCGGGGCGGAGGAGGCAGCGGCCUGGAGUGGGCGGGGGACACGAUCGUGGAGUCGGCGGGGGGCGGCGGCGGAGGGGGCGGCGAGGGGCCCCAGUGGGGCACGCUGCUUCCCAGGAAGGCGUUGAAACAAAUCAUCGACGUGUUUCAAUUCGCUCUGCUGGAGGAGACGCUUGUGGCCGACUUCAGUCCGGAGGGCGGGCUAGCGCUGGAGCCGGCGCGGGUGGCCGGGUGCGCCCGCUGCUUCGAGUGCGUGCCGUGGUUCAACGUGGACGGAGCGGAGUCGCCGGCGGCCAUCAAGAUCUGGCCGCUGGCCGCCAGUGACCGGCAGGCGGACCGGGACGCACUGGUGUGGAUGACGCCGUUGCUCAGGCUGGUGUGUGUGACCACCCAGAUGUACAUGGGCAGUAUGGACGACGUGGACGCGCUGCUGGGCUGCCCACUGGUGAUGUUCCCCCUGGAGCUGCUGGAGGACCACGAGGGCGUGAACCAGCUUCACGAGCUUCCGCCGUGUGUGGCAGCCGCAGUCAUGGCGUGCCUGCAGGCCGCCAUCAGUUGGCUUCGCGAGGUGAUCAACUGCUUCGCGCCCACAGCCGCACACAGGAAGCUGGGCUACACCCAGGCCGCCGCCGCGGUGCCCAAGCUGUCCAAGCGCGCGGCGCAGCUGGCGGCGUUGGAGGCGGUGGCGGCGGGACUGACCGACCAGCUGGCGCCGCCGCGGGGCGGGAUGGCGGCGCUGCAGGCCCUGGCCAACCAUGCCGAUCCACUAGGCGCACUCGCAGCCAAGCCCGGCGGCGCCAAGCCACCCGCCGCCGGCGGCGCAGCCGCCGCCGCCGCCAAGGGCGGCGCCGCAGGCGCCGCCACCGCGGCAGCGGCAGCCGCCGCCGGCGCCGCCGCCAACCGCGCCGCCGCCGGCUUGGCGCUCCGCAGCCGUGUGCGACCGCUCACCGUUGACGGUGUGAUUGAGGCGCUCAAGCCAAUAGACGUAGCUCGGCCGCCAAAGGGCUUUGCGGUUGUGGUCGCGGGCAGCGCGGCGGCGGCGGCGGCGGACGGUGAUGAGGCGGAGGGCACGGCGGCGGCGGCGGAGCGCUGGGAGCCGGGCACUGCGCACGACUGGGCGGCGUGGCACGUGGUGGCCGGCGGCCUUGCCGGCGCCGCGCUGCUGCUGUCGGAGCUGGCGGGCAAGGCCGCCGCCGUGUCCGCCCGCGCCCGCGGCGCCGCGCCCUUCGCGCUGUCCGGCCCCGCCGCGGCGGCGCAGGCCGACACCUCCCUCUCGCGACUGAGCCCCGGCGCGCUGGCGGAGGCGGUGGCGCCGCUGCUGCCGCGGCUGCGGGCCCAUCUGGACGGGGCGACUGCGGCGCUGGCGGGCGCCGCGGGUGUGCCGGGCCUGAGGCUGGAUCCCGGCGCGGAUGGCGACAUGCGGCGGCCGCUGGCGGAGCUGGCCGUGGUGCAGGCCGCCAUGGAGCCGGCGGCGCUGGGCUGCCGCUACAUGACCGACCUGUUGGAGCUGAUGAGGCUGCUGUUCGCGGCGUGGGGGCCGGGAGGCGGCGCGGCAGGGCCGCGCGCGCGCGCCGCCGCACUGGCCGGCGGGCUGCCGCCGCCGCCGUCGCCGCGGCUGCUGGCGGAAGCGCUGGCGGCGCUGGCGGCGAAGCCGGGCAGUGAAGGGACGCUGGACAACGAGCUGGCGAGUUUGGUGAACGGCGUUGCCGGCGCCGCCGCGCCCGCAGCCGCCGCCGCCGCCGGCAGUCGCCGCAAGCUGCGCCCGCUGACGCCCGCGCAGGGCCAGUGCCUUGCAAAGCUGGCGCUACUCGCCUACAAGCAGCUGGACAGCCAGUGCCGCGGCGCCGGACCCAAGGCCGCGCCCGCAACCGCCAACCGCAACAACCAUCACGGCGCCGCGGAGUACGACCAGCACGACAAUGACAACGGUAACGGUUACGGUCACGGCGCCGGCACGCGCAACCCGCCGGCCCCGCCCGACGUGUGGCGGCACCUGGCGCUGCUCAAGGCCGCCCGCUCCAUGCUAGUCGCCGUACAGCACUUGGCGGCGCCGUCGGCGGCGGCGGCCGCCGCCACGUCUAAUGGCGGCGGCGCCGCCACCGCCGUACCAGACGAGCUCCGGACCCUGUCCAACCUUAUCAGCCGGUCCGCCAACGCUGCACUGGAGCUUGCCUGGGACGGGUCCGACGGCGGCGCCGCCGGAGGCGGCGCCGCCGGCGCCGCUGGUGACGGCGAGGGCGAGGAGGACGAGGCGGCGGCGGCGGCGGCGCGGGGUGGCGGCGGCGGCGGCGGUGGCUUCAAGUGGCGGGGCCAGGCGAAGCUGAUCAGCGAGCUGCUGCGGCUGUAUGUGGAGCUGUCGGCGGAGCCGCUGGAGGUGCUCAAGACGCUGUCCAUGCACGUGCUCAAAGAGGUGCCGGGAGGCAAGCCGCCCGGAGGCCGUGUAGCCGCUGCCGCCGCCGCCGCGGUGCCCGAGGGCCCGGUGGCGGGCUAUGCUUCUCUAUGCCAGGCCACACUGGGGCCCUGGUACAAGUGCUGCUUCGAGAUGCUGACGGAGCAGUACGCCGCCACGUGCGCCCGCAUGCGCGCCGGCAGCAAGGCAGUGCUGGGGCAGGAGGAGGAGUCGGGCUGCAUGUUUGAGUACUACGCCGCCGCCGAUGUGUUCUCGCGCCUGGCCGAGCUGAUCCGGGAGCACCCCGACCGCACGCCGCUCAUCGGCACCCUCAUCACCUGCGGCGGCAAAUUCGUGGAGGAGGCCGCCCGCACCGUGCCCGCCUGGCGGCGCUUCUGGGGCCAGCCCGGCCACGAGGACCGACUGCGCCGCGCCAACAGGGCCACCCAGCGCGGCUACCGGCUGCUGCAGGCGCUGUGCGGCGACGUCAAGCAGCGACGGCUCACCGCGCUGGUCAACAAGGUGCCCAAGGUCAAGCGCUCGUGUGAGGCAUACGUGCUCAGGGUCCGGGAGCUGUUCACGGACAUGGGCAAGGGCCACGAGCUGCGGCUGGCGCAGCUGCGGAACAAGGACAUCCACGGCGAGGCCGUGGUGGCGUCGCAGGUGUACGCGUACAGUGACGAGGAGGACAACGGCCAGGAGGAGGAGGAGGAGGAGGACGUCGACGGGUAUGGGGCGGCGGCAGAAGAGGGGCAGGAGCCAGGCGGCACCGCGCCGGCGCCAGCGCCCAAGAAGAAACGCGGACGGCCCAAGAAGGCCGCCGCGGCGGACGGGGGCGGCGGGGGCGGGGGUGCGUACGGGGACGCUGGCGAUGGCGAGGGCGGCGCAGCGGUGCCGCGACCGGCAAAGAAGCCAAGGAAGCAGAAGCCGGCGGCGGCGGCGGCGGGUGCCGCGGUGGUGCCUAAGGAUGAGCCGCUGGACGGGGAGGCGGGCGGGCAGCCGGGGCCGUCGUCUCUGACGGCGGCGGGCGCAGGCGGCAGCAAGCCCCGCAAGCCGCGGGCCAAGAAGCCCAAGAAGGACGCGAAAGCAGCAGCUGCUGCAGAGGAGGAGGAGGAGGAGGAGGCGGAGGCGGAGGCGGGAGAUGCCCAGAUGGAGGCGGCGGCAGGGCGGCCGGCGGCGGCGGCGGAGGGUGGGGAUGGGCGGAGGAAGCAGCAGCGGAAGCGGAAGCCCAAGGGCGCUGCCGGGGGCGAGGACGAGUGGGGCGGGCGGCAACAGGAGGAGGAGCAGGAGGAGCAGGAGGACGGUGGCGGUGGCGGUGGCUUUGCCGGCGGCGCUUCGGCCGGCGGCUGGGUGGGAGAGGAGGAGGAGGAGGCGGAGGUGGAGGAGGAGCAGGGCGCUGGGGGAGUGGCGGGGCAAGAGGGGCAAGAGGAAGAGGAGGAGGAGGGGGAGGAGGAGGGGGAUAUGUAUGCGGAGCUUCAUGGCAACAACCGCGCAGCGCUGCUAGGCACUGGCGGGUUCGAGGAUGAGGAGGAAGAGGAGGAGGAAGAGCAGGGGCAGGGGCAGCGGGCAGGCGGCGCGGGAGGUGGGGGAGGUGGUGAGGAGCAGGAUGAGGAGGACGGUGAGGAGGGCGGGUACCAGGAGCAGGCGGAGGAGGGUGACGAGGAGUAUGAGCGCGAGGUGUAGGGGAGCUGUCGCCGGGGCUGCGGUAGCGGGCAGCGGUAAUGCCUCAGUGCUGAGUCGCGGGGCUUGUGCACGGAGGACGUAAGUACGGUCAAGUGCGGCAUGUGAGCACGUUGUACCGUGAAAUCCUACCGUAACGUCACUGCGAGUCGGCCACGUCAGCACUGAGACUGCAGGCCAAUGCACGUCAGGGGAGGUCAGUCCCGUGCUGCAAGCGGAGUGGGCUUGACGAGACUGUGGCGAAAAUUUGGGCGGGAGCAAAGGUCAAGACGACGAGGCCAGGU